AUGGCGAGCACGAGCCGGCAACAACCCACUGUGCUCAAUAAUACUGCUGAACUGAAUGACCUCGAGUAUCAGGGCUUGACUGCGCUAGCCUUCUCUCGGGAUGGAAAUGUGUGCUACACUGGCACCGACUUGAUAUCUAGGUCGUGGGAUAUGAAUGCUGGCAGCGACGAGGAGCCGCCAUAUCAUACCGAGACAGACUUACCUAUCACGACGAUCGCUGCUGGGAAAGGAACAUGGUUCACGGGAAGCGAAGAUGGGAAUGUCCGGAUAUUCAGGGAGAAUGAGUUGGAAGGCAUGGUGGCGAAAGUGCCGGGCGCGGCAAUACGAUGUGUGGCUGUUGACCCCGCAGGCAAACGCAUAGCGAUAUCUUCGGACGAGCUAUCUGUCAAGAUUGUAGACCUCGAAGAUACUUUGAAGGUCUGGCCGCUCGAAGGCUACAGCGAGUGCGUGCGCAGGUUGACUUGGGAUCCGACGGGCUCUCUGUUGGCUACAAGUGCGGCGGAUGGUACUGUUGAUGUAUGGGACGUGACGCAAGAAGUUCCUCGGCGAGUGCACUCGCUGGAAGGUGUCAUUCCCGCCGUAAAGGACUCAAAGAAAGAAGAGUUUCUUCACGAUUGUUCCGCCGUAUGGCAUCCCACCGGCCAAUACUUCGUACUCGCUUCGCGCACACACGACAUAGUAUCAAUCUCUCGCGAUACUUGGGCGGAGGUGGGCAAGUACUCGGAUCCGUCUGUUACGGGAGCCAUCACCGCACUCGCAUUCUCGCCCAACGGCGCAUACCUCGCUUCAUCCGCUAAUUCGGAGGUCCACAUCUGGUCUCCUGCCAAGCUCCUGCUCUUCAAGCUUGUCGACGAGAGGUUGCGCGGUUUUGCAACACAACUAGCCUGGUCUCCCAAGGAGAAUCUGCUUGCACUCGUGGACAGUUCUGGCCAUUUCCUCCGUUGGAAAGAAGUCAUCCCGUCCGACUAUCAGUCCCCGUACAAGUCCGCGACUGCAACCGCCACACGCCGCGGCCGCGAACCAGAACCUGCGCGACGUGAAGCUCUAGGGUUGUUCGAUGAUGAUGACACGCCGGCCAAGGACGAUGAUGGACCCGCGGACGACGACGUCGAUCUGGACAAUCUGGAAGAGCUGGAGCCCAUCGACUGGAUGGAUGAUGACGCCGGCGUUCUUGAGAAGGAUGGUGACGAUAAUGAGCGCGGCUUUGUGAAGGAGAUGGUCAGCGUAACCAAGGCACAACCCCCUUUCCAACCUGGGUCGACGCCUAUGGAACACAAGAAACGCUACCUUGCCUAUAACAUGAUCGGUGUCAUCGAGGUAACCGACCAGGAUACACAUCAUAUCAUCAACGUCGAGUUCCACGAUCAAUCAACGCGCAAGUCAUACUUCUUCAAUGACAACUUCAAGUAUCAUAUCGCGGCUCUCGGCGAGCGCGGCGCCGUAUACGCCUGCCAUCCUGAAGGAGAACACCUCGCGCACGUCAGGUACAAGCCCUACGGCAACUGGGCAGCUCAAGGAGAAUGGACAUAUGAGCUUGACCAAGGGGUCAAGGUCCUCGGCGUCGCGGCCGGUGGCGCUCCUCCAAGCAAGUCUUACCGCGUCAUGAAGGAUGCCGAUACACAGGGCCACGGCAAUGUCGUCGUUGCUACAAGUGAAAACGAGCUCACGUUCUUGUCUGGGGCGGGUAUUGAGCGUUGCUCUGUCGCCCUCGAUGGAGACUUUGUAUCCAUGGUCGCCGGUCAUGAGUGGGUGUUCGUGGUGUCAAGGGAUGGCGCUACGACGAUGGAUGGUUCGCAGAAUCUUGUCGGGACACUGUACGAUUUCGAAGACCUCUGUGUACUCCAGACGCGAAAGCUGCCUAUUCGCAAGGGCAAGACUCUCAAGUGGAUAGGCAUAUCUGAGGAAGGCGCGCCUUUGGCAUAUGACUCUGCCGGUGUCAUGUACAUGAUGCCUCGUUUCCGUAUUCCCCUUCGCGGUACAUGGGUGCGCAUGUUGGACACGAACAAACUGGAGCGCAAAAUCGGCAAGGAUGAGACGUAUUGGCCUAUCGGUCUCAGCAGCGAGUUCUUCCACUGCCUCAUUCUUAAGGGCAGGCAAGAAUAUCCUGCCUUCCCUCGACCUCUCAUCCAAGAGCUACCGCUGCGCCUGCCCUUCCGAAAGAAGGAGGAGAAGGAAGCAACAUUUGAGGAACAUCUCGCCCGGGAAACCAUCUGGCUACAGGUCAAGGCCGACGCACUGGGCGAUGAGCUACCCGAUGACGAUACACACCAGCGAGAGCUGACACUCGACAAGGAGCUUAUCCAACUCAUCCAGUUCGCAUGCAAAAAUGAUAAGCUUCCCCGAGCCCUCGAUCUCACGCGACUUCUACACUUCACUGCAUCGUUCGACGCGGCCAUGAAAGUCGCAGACUUCUAUCACUUCCGAGGGCUGCGCGAGAAGAUGCAGACGUUGAAGGACGACCGUGAGGAGCAUGAUCGUGAAGAGGGCGCUCGCGAUAAGCGCCGCCGUUGGGCUGACGACUACACCGCCAUCCCACCCCCUCGCCUACCUCCCGCCCAUGUUGAAUCCGGUCGUUCUUCUAAGCCUUUCGCCGACUUCGGACCUCCGCCCGCUAUAUACCGCCCAGGACUCACGCGUGCAACGCCGAGUCUCCAAGCGAACGCGAGUUACGGUGCGGAUGACGACUACACCAUGGAUGACUACGGUACACCCGUACCGCAAGCUGGACCAUCGGAGAUGAAACGCAAACGGUCAGACGAUGACGAGCUGCACCGCGACUCUGUGUCGCCUGGCGUCGAGGGUGCGAAACGUCGUGCCGUUGUUGAUAACCUUGCCAUGCCCGCACCCCCCGCGCCGAAGCCUGCCGGCACUAACCCCUUCGCGAAGCAAUCUGCGACGGCGCCUCACCGCAAUCCGUUCAACAAGCCGUUACAGAAGAGCGAAACGUUCUUCGAGAAGGCGGAGGCGGCGGAGACGGGCAGUCGUAGCUCCAAAGUCAACGGCAAGGGGAAGGGGAAAGCCACUGCAACGAGCGGGCCGGGGAAGAAGGACACUGGCCUUGCAAGACAAACGACACUCUUUGGCCUGCCACCUCGCGCUCCUCCGCCCGAGAUCAAAGAGAAGAAGCGUGGGCGUCCGAAGAAAGCGGCAGCUCCUGAUGAGGAAGAUUCGGCUCCGACAUCUGCGCGCAACUCGGAAGGGCCCACUACCGAGUCGCAGGAGACUCAGGAGGAGACUCAGGUCGAUGGCGCAGAGGCGCAGGUGAACGGGGAGCAUGACACGCAGGAGGAAACGCAGCCAGAUAGCCAGCAGGAGCGCGACGGUAGCCCCAUCGACUGGCCGGAGUCUCCAGCCGCCGCUAACUCCGGGCUACCCGAGGUGGAAGUCGGCGCCUGA